CAAAAAUCUAGUGGUCGUUUGUUGUUGGCUUGGUUGUCCUUCUAGCUUGCGACCUAGUCAUCAUGGACGCGCUCUUUGUACCUCUCGCUUCCGCGAUUGGUGCUUCCGUUGACCAGAUCAAGCUCAUUUCAUGUCUACUAAUAGCAUGCCCUCUCGGAAGUCUAUUCAUUCGUAUACCAUCAUCUCAGCCAAAUCUAAAGCAUUGCUUCAAUCUACUCGUCUCGGUUUUCUUUUUCAUACCAGUUCUAAACCUGUCAUGGGGCUUUGCCCAGUUAUUAGGCAGUGUUCUUGGAACGUAUUACAUCGCGGGUAAUGUAAAAGGCCCUAAUAUGCCAUGGAUAGUUUUCGUCUUCGUCAUGGGCCAUCUCACAAUCAAUCACAUCAUACGGGCAUUUUACAACCUAAGCUAUGAAACAUUUGAAGUGACAGGCCCUCAGAUGGUGCUGACUAUGAAACUUACGACUUUCGCCUGGAAUGUCUGGGAUGGCAGGACGGCUCCUGAAAAUCUAGACAAAUGGCAAUUUCAAAAGCGUGUCACGAAGUAUCCCACACUGCUCGAGUUUCUUGGAUAUUCCUUUUACUUCCCGGGUAUCCUAGUCGGCCCAUAUCUUGACUAUGCGUCAUACAUGUCCUUAAUAGACGAAUCGCUCUUCAAGUCUGCCGAAGGCAAGCGUGCCAAUUCAAGCAGGUCCAUUCCAGAUGGCAGAAAACGAGUAGCAUACCGCAAGAUGCUGACUGGUUUGGUCUUCUUGGGAAUCUUCGUGGUUUUGAGUCCCUCGUUUUACUACGGCAUUGCGAUCACCCCAUGGUUCAUGACCAACGGAUUUCUCUAUAGGAUGGCGUAUUUCCAAUUGUGUGGAUUCAUUGAGCGGUCCAAGUACUAUGCGAUUUGGACGCUUACAGAGGGUGCAAGUAUCCUGACUGGUUUAGGGUUUACUGGGUAUGGCCCGUCAGGCGAGUCCAUAUGGGACGGUGCCGCCAACGUCAAAAUCCUCGAAAUCGAGCUCCCUUCGAACUUCAAAGUUCUGCUUGAUUCAUGGAAUAUCAACACCAACAUCUGGCUGAGGGAAUGCAUAUACAAACGUGUAACUCCUAAAGGCAAGAAACCUGGUUUCCGCAGCAGCAUGUUAACCUUUGCCACGAGCGCCUUCUGGCACGGCAUUGCGACAGGUUACUACCUGACUUUCUUCUUCGGUGGAUUCAUCACUACGGCAGGCCGCCUCUGCCGUGCCAACCUACGCCCCUUGGUACUACCCCCUCCAGGAGUACCCACGACAACGACGAAACGCAUCUAUGACUGGGCUGGCACUUUAGCCUCUAUCCUCAUUCUCAACUACGUGGCAGCGCCAUUCAUGCUACUUACCUUUACCGAUUCUAUCGGGGCUUGGCAUACCCUCCAUUGGUAUGGCUUUUGGAUGGUUUUCCCGACGAUCGCUUUCUUCUGGUUUGGUGGUUCCAAGUUCUUGAAGGCCCUGCAGAAGAAAGAAGGAAAAGCUACUGCUGAGAAGGUCAUGACGCCAGAAUCUCACGUUAUGCCACCACCUCUAGAUGAUGUGGCAGAAGAAUUGAAGGAAUUGCAGAAGAGAAUGAAAUAGUGGGCAGAGUUUGGGUACUUAUUUGCAUAGACCGAUACCGAGAUUCUAUACCAGUUUAUA